CCACUGCACUUGUCAUUGCAGGUAUGGUUACAAAAGUAUGGCUACCUUCCACCAACUGACCCCCGAAUGUCGGUGUUGCGCUCUGCAGAAACCAUGCAAUCCGCUAUAGCUGCCAUGCAGCAGUUCUAUGGCAUUAAUAUGACAGGAAAAGUGGACAGGAACACAAUUGACUGGAUGAAGAAGCCUCGGUGUGGUGUGCCUGACCAAACAAGAGGUAGCUCCAAAUUUAACAUUCGUCGGAAACGCUAUGCGUUAACAGGACAGAAAUGGCAACACAAACAUAUCACUUACAG